GCUCCUCCUUCGAGAUUUCGGUCAUCUUUGACAUUAUAUAGGCAAAGUCGGCCAUGGUAGUAGCGAAGAAAUUUUGUAGUUCUUGUAAUGGCCACUAGCGUUGCAGUCUAUGUAUUCUAUCUCUGUCUUCUGUCCUGUUUUACCAUUAAAUCUGACUUACAAUUAGUGUUUCGAUUUUCUGCCAUUUAUCCUAUGGCGGCACUCGUGAUGUUGAUUACGUGUUAGACCAGGCAAAGUGGAGGCAACGAGCAGUCCAUAGUUAUAUAGUCAAAGGUCUACACUGUCUACAGUCGUGAUGCGCGCCGAGCCGGCGCCCGGGCACGGUCGAGGUUGAUUGAGGCAUUUGAGACAUCCAGGUCCCGCCGAGAAGUCACGGAGCACGGAGAGUAACGAGAGUCCGGCCGGUCGGAGCGCGCUAUCGCGGCGCCGCGUGGCGCGACAGGAGUCGACAACUGCCUUGACGAUCGGCGACGAAUGGACGCGGCGGCGGCGCGCCGCGACACACCGACACCGACCCCGUUAACGGUACCAGCGCCUUGGGACGUGCCCCCCGUCGAGGAGCGAGCGCCCAGUAGGCGCGAUGGCGAAGCCCCUGACCGGGGUGCUGCCGUUCGUGCGAGGCGUGGACUUCAGCAGCAACGACUUCGGCGAUGGCAAAUUUCCUGAGUCCGUGCGUCUCAUGACUGGGAUACAAUGGCUGAAGUUGGACAAGACGAAUUUGAUGGAGAUCCCCGAGGAGAUGGGCAAAUUGUUGAAACUGGAACAUCUGUCGCUCGUCAAGAACAAGCUGGAACGUUUGUACGGAGAAUUGACAGAACUGGGUUGUCUGAGGACCCUGAACAUAAGACAUAAUAAUAUCAAGUCCAGCGGUAUCCCGGCAGAGCUGUUUCACCUGGAGGAGCUGACAACCCUAGAUUUAAGUCACAACAAUUUGAAGGAGGUACCUGAAGGCCUAGAAAGAGCACGUUCCUUGCUCAAUCUUAAUUUAAGCCAUAAUCAUAUCGAAACCAUACCAAAUACGCUGUUCAUCCACUUGACGGACUUGCUGUUCUUGGAUCUUAGUCACAACAAGCUAGAAACAGUGCCUCCGCAGACACGACGUUUGGCCAAUCUACAGACUUUAAAUCUGAAUCAUAAUCCGUUAGGUCACUUUCAAUUAAGACAAUUGCCGUCGUUAAUGAAUUUGACAACGUUACAAAUGCGGGACACACAACGAACAUUGAAUAAUAUACCUUCUAGUCUAGAAACGCUGACCAAUUUGCAAGAGCUCGAUUUGUCGCAGAAUAAUCUACCCCGAGUGCCUGACGCGCUUUAUUCCUUGUCGAAUUUGCGCCGCUUAAAUCUGAGCGACAAUCAAAUAAUGGAAUUGUCAACAGCGAUCGAAUUGUGGACGAGAUUGGAGACUCUGAACGUGUCGCGGAACAAAUUAAGUGCAAUACCAGCCGCCUUGUGCAAGAUUUCCACAUUAAGAAGAUUGUAUUUGAACGAUAACGAAUUAGAUUUUGAGGGCAUACCUUCUGGAAUAGGGAAAUUAUCGUCCCUGCAGGUUUUCUCUGCCGCUAAUAAUCAUUUAGAAAUGAUACCGGAGGGAUUAUGUAGAUGUGGUGCAUUAAAGCAAUUAAUAUUAACGUCAAAUCGAUUGAUUACCGUGCCGGACGCCAUCCAUCUUCUCACCGAUCUGGAACAGCUGGAUCUGCGGGACAAUCCGAAUUUAGUGAUGCCACCAAAACCAACAGAAGUGCAAAGGGGAUCGGGCAUCGAGUUUUACAAUAUCGACUUCUCGUUGCAACAUCAGUUGCGUCUCGCCGGUGCGAACGUACCAGCUCCAGUUCAAGCCGCUAACAGCAAAGAUCCAAUCGCGCGUAAAAUGAGAUUGAGAAGAAGGAGAGAUCAAGAGGAGGCUGAUCAAGAUCAGGCCAAAAUUCUCAAGGGCAUGAAGGACAUAGCGAAAGAGAAGAACAAGGAUAAGGAGUGCGAGGAAUCGAAAGCAGAAUCCCUGAAGCCCAAACGAUGGGACGAAGCUUUAGAGAAGCCGCCGCUGGAUUAUUCCGAGUUCUUCGACGAGGACGCGGGUCAAAUACCAGGUUUGUCGGUCUGGGAGAUAGAGAACUUUCUGCCGAACGAGAUCGAGGAGGUGGCGCACGGCAAGUUUUACGAGGGCGAUUGUUACAUCAUCCUGAAAACCGGGAUAGACGAAGGUGGCUCGUUGACCUGGGCGAUCUACUUCUGGAUCGGAGAAAAGGCGACAUUAGAUAAAAGAGCGUGCGCGGCGAUUCACGCCGUAAAUCUGAGGAAUUACUUGGGCGCACAAUGUCGGACAAUCAGGGAGGAGCAGGGGGACGAGUCGGAUGAAUUUCUGAUGCUGUUCGAUUCGGGUAUCACCUACAUCGAGGGCGGUCGCACGUCGUCCGGUUUCUACACAGUGGAAGAUACACCGGCGAUCACUCGUUUGUACAGAGUGCACGCGGCAGGGGCUUCUAUACAUUUGGAGCCAGUUCCAGUCUGUGUCGAGUCUCUGGAUCCGAAUUACGUGUUUGUACUCGACACGGGGAAUAAGAUAUUCAUGUGGUACGGAAAGAAAGCGAAGAGUACGUUAAAGUCGAAGGCGCGACUGAUGGCGGAGAAAAUUAAUAAGAACGAACGGAAAAAUAAAUCCGAGAUUCUAACGGAAGUCAUGGAUGCCGAGUCUGAAGAUUUCCUGUUGCAUUUAGGGGUGGAGGAGCACGAGCAGAAAAAUCUGCAAAUUAUUGAGCACGUGGAUCCAAAUUUUGUACCUCUUGUACCCAGAUUGUAUCAAGUUCAACUCGGAAUGGGCUAUCUGGAACUACCGCAGAUCGAGGUUCCUCAUGGAAAAUUAACGAAUACCUUGUUAAACAAUCGCAAUGUGUAUAUAUUAGACUGCUAUUUAGAUGUAUACGUUUGGUUUGGCAAAAAAUCGACGAGAUUAGUACGCGCCGCUGCCGUAAAGUUGUCUCAAGAAUUAUUCAACAUGAUAGAGAGGCCAGAAUACGCGAUGGUAACCAGAUUGCAAGAGGGUACUGAGUCACAGAUUUUCAAAUCGAAGUUCACUGGAUGGGACGAAGUAAUCGCAGUGGACUUCACUAGAACGGCUGAAUCGGUCGCUAAAACUGGAGCGGAUCUCACUAAAUGGGCUAAGCAACAGGAGACAAAAGCGGAUCUGGCCGCUUUAUUUAUGCCGCGGCAACCACUGAUGUCGGCUGGAGAGGCGCAUCAACUCAUGACAGAGUGGAACGACGAUUUGGAGGGAAUGGAAGCAUUGGUGUUGGAGGGAAAGAAAUUUGUACGCCUACCGGAGGAGGAGUUAGGGCAUUUUUACAGCGCGGAUUGUUACGUUUUCUUAUGCCGGUACUGGAUGCUAUCAGACAUAACGGAGAACGAAGACGGUGAGGAGCAGUAUGAAGACGAUUAUCAGUGUACGGUGUACUUUUGGCAAGGCAGAGACGCGGGGAACAUGGGAUGGCUGACGUUUACGUUUAGUCUGCAAAAGAAAUUCAAAUCGUUGUUCGGGGAAAACCUGGAGGUGGUGAGGACGCAUCAACAGCAAGAAAAUCUGAAGUUCAUGAGUUACUUCAAACGAAAGUUCAUCAUUCACCAAGGCAAGCGUAAGCAGCCGAAGGCCGCGGGUAGCAACAAAGUGGAGUUUUAUCAUCUACGAAGUAACGGCAGUGCCUUAUGUACUCGGCUCAUUCAAAUACCGGCGGAUUCGACGUUAUUGAAUUCUGCUUUCUGUUAUCUUUUAAAUGUGCCAUUCAACAAUUCUGAUGAAGGAACCGGUAUCGUGUACGCAUGGAUUGGCUCGAAGGCUGAUCCCGAAGAGGCUCGUCUAAUUGGAGAAAUAGCAGAGGAAAUGUUCAACAACCCAUGGAUAAGCCUGCAAGUAUUAAACGAAGGCGAGGAACCUGACAACUUCUUUUGGGUGGCGCUUGGAGGGAAGAAACCGUACGACACUGAUGCGGAGUUUAUGAAUUACACAAGACUAUUCAGAUGUUCCAAUGAGAAGGGAUACUUCACAAUCAGCGAGAAGUGCACCGAUUUUUGCCAAGAUGACCUGGCAGAUGAUGAUAUAAUGAUCCUCGAUAACGGAGAACAAGUAUUUCUCUGGCUGGGUACUCGCUGUUCAGAAGUUGAAAUCAAACUGGCCUACAAGUCAGCUCAGGUAUACAUUCAACACUUGCGCGUGAAGCAACCCGAGAAACCCCGUAAGUUAUUUUUAACUGCCAAAGGUAAGGAGUCCAAAAGAUUCACGAAAUGCUUUCACGGCUGGGGUUCGCACAAGAGGCCGCCGCAGUAAAAUCGAGUCAGUACUCACUACGCUUAACGUUAGUUUUAUCCGCAGGCAGGGUAUAAUGCAAGCGCAACAUUCUUACGUAGAUACGUCGCGAUCCUCGCUUUUACUUGCGCUUCGACCGAACGGAAGUCAAUCUACCCACAAUUGUAUAUCGUCGAUGCGAACGAUCGCUCUAGGUCAGGAAACGCAAUAAUUGUUCACUAAACAACGAAUCUAACUAGUAGAGUUUAUACUUCCGCGUUUGCUUCUUUGCUUCCAACUGGAUAAUUUUUCACCGACUGCUUUCUUGAUUAUUACGCGUUAGUCUGCUUGGUAUACGUAAUUUUAAAAAUUCAGGUUUUUAUUUAUUGGCACGGGCACUCUUUCGACUCAGUCUCAUUUCUCAACUCUAAACGGAUGCAAGUACAAAGAGUUUAGCCCGAUCUACAAUGUGCUUUUCUAGAAACAUUCUAUUUUGUAGCCAAUAAAUAGGUUUAAAAAAUUUGUGC